CUGCCUGGGGCGCGAGAUGCGGCCCCGCGCGGCGGGGUUGGCAACGCCGCGACGAAGGGGUGGGAGAGCGGCGGGCGCUCAGGCGGAGGCUCCGUGGGGCUCUGCCGUGUACGGGCCCGCGAACCCGCAGCGCUCGAGGUGACUGCGCAGGGGCCGCUAGGGAACCUUAUAGGCGCAGGUCGGCCGGGGAGGGGGAAUCUUUGCCCAACAGCGUGUGAGGGCGGCGCCCAAGGCCAGAGAAGCGGCUGCGCCCAGGGUACGUGGCCGCCUGGCCGAGCCGCAGACGCAGUAACACUUCUUUUCUUGGUGCGCACUGAGUGCUAGACAGGGAGGGGAAGCUGCAGGUGCCCUGACGGGCAGAGUGGCAAAACUUUAAUUAAAACUACAAUGCAGAGAUUUAGGCCAGUGGUGGAUGAUGCGGGUAUAGCUAUAGUGCCAUAAUCCAGCCUAGAGCCACAGCCGACAGCAACAGAAGUGCAUUUGUCGGUGGAGGACCACCACUGGUAUACCCCGCAUCGCAUGAUGGCGCCUAGGUUAACUGAAGCAUAUGUGAACCGCUGCAACUUUGACUCUGGCCUUGGCUACACUUGCAGAUGUACAGUGCUGUGACUUAAACCUGACUUUGUGCAGCUGAGUAGGGAAAGUGCUGCAGUCUGUCCACACUGACAGUUGGCCAGCGCACUGUCGUGGCCACAUUUGCGGCAAUUGCAGCGCUAUUGGGAGUGGAGCAUGAUGGGCACCUAUCCCACAGAGCACCUUUUCCCAUUCUGGCGCCAUGGGUUGUGGGAAGGAGGCGUGGGUGUGGGGGAUUCUGGGUCCUGUCCUGAUGCAUCACUUCGCAUCCCAGAAAUCCCUUUGUUUCUGUCCACAUUUGGCACCAUCUUUCAACGGUUUCUGUGCAGCGCGAUCUGUCUGCGGAAAAUGGAGUCUGAACUGCUGAGGCAUAUGCUGAUGAGUCUCGCCAGCACGUCACGUUUGGCUGUCGAACUAUUCCUUAAGAUCCAAAGUGAGGGUGAGGAGUCAGACUAUGCUAUCGAGCCACGUAACGUGUACAACAUGAAAUUGCUUGUGGCAUUCACAGACAUGCUCAGCACUGUGGAACACCGCUUUUGGGCUCGGGAAACAAGCACUGAGUGGUGGGAUCACAUCGUCAUGGAAGUCUGGGAUGACAAGCAGUGACUGCAGAACUUUCAGAUGAGAAAAGCCAUUUUCAUGGGACUGUGUGAGGAGCUCGCCCCCACCUUGCGGCGCAAGGACACAAGAUUGAGAGCUGCCCUGCCAGUGGAGAAGCGGGUGGCUAUUGCAAUCUGGAAGCUGGCAAUUCCAGACAGCUACCGGUCGGUCGCAAACCAGUUUGGAGUGGGAAGGUCGACCGUUGGAAUUGUGUUGAUGCAAGUUUGCACGGCCAUUAAUCGCAUCCUACUCAGAAGAACCGUGACUCUGGGUAACAUGCAGGAAAUAGUGGAUAGCUUUGCACAAAUGGGGUUCCCUAACUGUGGAGGAGCAAUAGAUGGGAUGCACAUUCCUAUUCUGGCACCACCCCACCUAGGAUCCAAGUACGUUAAUCGGAAGGGGUAUUUCUCUAUGGUUCUCCAGGCGCUUGUGGAUCACCGUAGGUGUUUCAUUGACAUUAACACAGGCUGGCCCAGAAAGGUGCAUGACGCACGCAGCUUUCGGAACACUUCGCUGUUCAGGAAGAUGCAGGCCGGGACUUCUUUCCCAGAGCGGAAGAUCACGGUAGGGAAAGUUGAAAUGCCCAUUGUGAUCCUUGGAGAUCCCGCUUACCUGUUAAUGCUGUGGCUCAUGAAACCCUGCACAGGGAGCCUUGACAGCAGCAAGGAACGGUUCAAUUACAGGCUGAGCCAGUGCCGAAUGACUGUGGAGUGUGCCUUUGGCCAUUUAAAGGUCCGCUGGCGAUCUCUGUAUGGGAAGCUGGACUUGGCCGAAAACAGCAUCCCCGCCAUUAUAUCCACAUGCUGUGCCUUCCAUAAUAUUUGUGAAGGGAAGGGUAAAAGCGGCACUCAGGCAUGGACCUCUGAGGUUCAACACCUGGAGGCUGAAUUUGCACAGCCAGAGAGCAGGGCUAUUACAGGGGCCCACCGCGGGGCUGCAAGGAUUAGGGAUGCCUUGAGGGAGCAGUUUGAGGCUGAAAACCAGCAGUGAUAUCUGGUGCCUUGCACGGGAGUGAAGUGCAGUAGUUCAAAUCUUUAGGAAUCAGUGUUUGCUUAGCAGACAAGCAGACUUGCAGUGCCUGUUUAUUUCCUGGGCUAAGGAGUCUUUUACUUUAUGCAAUAAUAAAGAAUGUUUUCAAAGCCAAAGAAUCCAUUUAUUGAAAAGAAAAAAAAAUUAUUUAUUGAAAAGAAACAAGGGGGUGGAGUGGGGAACAGUACAAUCACAGAUUCGCGUAUGUCCUGUCUGGUGUGCUGUGCAGUGAGUGCUGCACUUCAGCACAGCUAUACGGCAUGGUGAUGGGGGUUGAGUGCAGAGAGUAAGGGUCGUGGUUUUCAGGGCUGGGUGGUGAAGAUACUGGUGUUGGAGGCAGCGGGUAGCGUGAAGAACACGGAAGUUGGGGAAAGUGGGUUGGAGGUGAGACUGGGGCACAACGGAAAGAGUUUUGGGACAAGGGCUGUGGGGGGGAGGUGGCGUUUGCGGUACUGCUCCUCUUUCUGCAUGGCUACUAGCUCCUGGAUAGCAUCUGCUUGGCGCUCUAGGAUGCUUAUGAGCCUAUCAGUGCUUUGCUGCCGGUGCGCGGUGCUUUGGCGCCAGUGCGCUGCAUUUUCCUGGCGGAUCCUGCUUUCUCUCUCUCCCUCCAGUUCUGUGCUUUCUUAUUUCUCAUGCCGCAUCACUUCUUGCAGCAUGUCUUCUUUGCUUUUUCGCGGUCUCUUCCUGAGUCUUUGCAGUCUCUGAGCAGGUGAGGAGAGGGGCGGCUGAGGUCUCAAGCUUGAUGCAGCUGUAUAGGCAAAAUGCAACAUUUAACAGAGGCAGCAUUGUUUAUACCAGACAGAGUAAUGAUUCCCCCCGCACUUAAGGAGUAGAAAACACACAGGGUGUACACAAUAGCAUAAUUUUUCCCGUCCGAAACAGAGCACACAUAUCCCACGGGAGCCUCAAAAUGGAGUUCGUCCUGGACGAUAUCUCGCUGCUGAGGGUAACCUGGGAAGCAAGAGAGGGUCUUCUACUGCAAUGCGGCUUCCGCCCUGGCCCAUAUGCAGCUUGCCUGUGUGCAGCAAUGGUCCCCCCGCCCCUCGCGUCACAGUGGCGCAGACACGUUAGCCUGGUUGGGACAAGGACCACGGUGGCUCUCCCGAUAAACCUGCGCAAACACAUUGCACAUGUUCUGGAUGAGACAUUCAAGGAGAUUACCGAGGCCGAUUACCAUGAUGUGAUAACCACAUCAAUGCACUAUUCCGCAUCUAGGCAUGCAUGCCUAACCCUCCUCUCUCAAAGAGCCUGCACUGAAAAAAUUCCUUCCCGGAAAAAAAAAAAACCCCACUUACCAGGAACCUGCUUUUCUGUUUGUCCUCCACCAAGUACCGGCCGCUGCGAUUGGCUACCUUCCUCCUGGCUCGAUAAGAGCUCCUGGCUGCAUGGCUCCAGGGAUUCUGGGGUGUCUCCAUCCGGCCCACCACCAUCACUCCCGUUUUCCUCCUCCUCCUUCCCCCCCCCCCAACACCGGCUCUGAAGUGUCCAUGGUGGUGCUCGGAGUGGAGGUGGGGUUAACCCCAAGUAUCGCAUCCAGCUCUUUGUAGAAUCGGCAGGUCGCGGGGGGGAGCACCCAAGUGGCCGUUUGCGUUGCGGGCUUUGCGGUAGGCACUCCACAGCUCCUUCACUUUAAUCCUGCACUGCAGGGCGUCCCGGUCAUGGCCCCUUUCCAUCAUGUCCUUUGAUACCUUCCCUAAGGUAUCGUAAUUCCUACGGCUGGAGCACAGCUGGGACUGUACAGCUUCCUCCCCCCAAACACUGAUGAGGUCCAGCAACUCGCCAUUGCUCCAUGCUGGGGCUCGCUUGGUGCGUGGAGGCAUGGUCACAUGGAAAGCUUUGCUGAUGGGCUGAGCAAACAGGAAAUUCCCGGGGAAUGUAAUGGGUAUGUAAAAUUCCCGGGGAAUGUAAAGGGUCAGUCACAUGGUUGGUUACCUGAGGCCAGGGCAGUAGAGUUUGAACUGAUGACCAGAGUGGCUAGACAGGCAUUGUGGGAUACUGCUGAAUAAUUUUGGAGGCCAUUCACAGCGCAUUGGGCGGCCACACUGGCAUCGCAGCGGCAGCGCAAUACUUGCUAUUCCUCUCAGAGAGGUGGAGUACAUGCAGUACUGCAACCACGGAGAUACAGUGCUGCAAAUGCCUUUACAGCGCUGUAACUCGCAAGCAUAGCCAAGGUCUUUGACUAUGCUACAGUGCUUACAGCACAGCAGCUAUGCCAGGGCAGUGCUGCUAGUGUGGAUGCUCUUAGGCAGGGGCUCUCAACCUUUCCAGACAAUGUAGCCUUUUCAGGAGUCUGAUUUGUGUUGGGUACCUCCAAGUUUCACCUCACUUAGACUGUUUGCUUACAAAAUAAGACAUAAAAAUACAAAAGUGUCAUAGCACCCUUACUGAAAAACUGCUUCCUUUCUCAUUUUUCCAUAUUAUAAGUAAAUCAAUUGGCAUAUAAAUAUUGUACUUGCAUUUCAGUGUUACUAUACAGAGCAGUAUGAACAAGUCAUAGUAUGAAAUUUUAGCUUAUACUGACUUUGCUAGUGCUUAGCCUGUUGUAAAACUAGGCAAAUAUCUAGAUGAAUUGACGUACCCAAUGGAAGACCUGCCUACCCUAAGGGAUACAUGUACUCCUGGUCGAGCACCACCGCUCUAAGCUGAUGGGAGAGAACUCUCCCAUCAACUUAGCUACAGCUUGCAGGGGCUGGUGUAAUGUCAGCAGCAGAAGCUCUCCUGCUGACAUAGCGCUGUCCACACUGGUGCUUAGGUUAGUGUAAUUUAUGUCACUCCGGGCAUGGCUUAUUUACAUCCCUGAGCAACAUAAUUUAUACCUACCUAAUCUGCAGUGUGGACAUAGCUUAAGUCUAUGGAAACUUACAUCAGUUUAAAAUCGGUGUACAGCAGUUUAGUUUGUCCUUGUAUCUGCUCUGCAGCACUUUAAGUCACACCUUUAGUUAAGGUAAUACAACUUUACAAGUAGAACAAACGAGGGAAGGUAACAGGGGCCCCAGCUAAGAAUGAGUGACUUACCUUCUGCCUACAAGCAGACAUUAUUGCUUGUUUAGGUGAGCUGUGGCGAAUUGAGGAUGCUACAAUUCCUGCUCUGCAGAAUGGCAAUUCUAGUACCAAUAUAGUGCGCUGGUCUAAGAGAUGCAGGAGUUUCAAGUAAGGUAGAAAAGACUUAAGCAAGAAGCUCUCAAGUGCAAGAUCUAUAUAAAGAUUUGAUUAUUGGUGGGAAAUUAUGCCCCAUUCCUAUUCCCCUCUUUUUUUGCCCAGUUUGUAUUUGUGUGUAUUAACUCUCAUUUAAGUAUUUUAUUUGCUCUUGCUCUAGAGUAUCACUUUGAAAACUAAGACUAAGCCAACUCUGCUGUUUGGUUUGCGACACGUAUGAAAAAUACGUGGCAACACUUCUAAGAGUCACCACAUCCCACUGCAGUAUUUGUGGUAGGGUGACCUGAUUUUCAUAGAGAAAAAACUAUGACAUCUAUCACAAGGAUGAGGCUAUGCAGGGCAAUUUUUCUAGAAUGACACUUCAGUGUAUAUAGCAAGAUUAAAAGGCUGCUCUCAUCUCGCUCAAACAAUCCCCUUCUCUGUUGCUUUGUGCCCCUAUGAUUCAACUCUACUUUCAAGAAAGCUAGAUGAAUGAUUAAUGGGAAGGAAGCCUGGACAGAUGAUAUUAUGUUGUGCGAAGGAGGCAAACAUGCAUUCUUUGAAACAGUCAUCAAUUUCCCACCUCAGGUGGCCAGUGUGGAGGGGAUUACAACAUUUUUUGUUUUUAAACUGACAAAUGCCUGCACAGGCCUUGAAAAUACAAACAUUGCUGUUUCACAGAGAGAUAUGCUUAUCCUAUUCAUACUACACAAAAUCAUAUUAUGUUACUAAAGGACGUAACAUCUAAUACAGGGUGGCUGCUUAUCUUUGUAGAAGUUAUUCGUAUAGGGUAGCAUCUACUUAGAAGCAUGGGAUAAAAUCCUACGGUAUCUGAACUUGUGAUAGGGACUCUGCUGUGGAGGGAAGAGGAAAAAGCAUGAUCAGAUCUGUGAGACAAUAAAGGAACAGGUUUCUGUGGUGUGAUAGCAGCAGAGGUAAAGAUACAAAACAAGUUCUCUCUUGUGGCUAGGUGAGAAGGCCUAUGGGAGGCAGAAAGGAUCCAAAGGUCCUGACCCUACAUUGAAGAGGAGAGGACAGGCAACAGUUUCCCUGCCACAGGAAUGGAACUAUUUGUUAAUUUUUACCAAUGUUUAUAUUACUACUAUGCUCUUCUAUAAAGCAUCUCAGUGCUUACAGCAAUAUAUUAAACAUCACUCCUUACCCAUGGAAUAGGGAAGUAUUAUCCCUAUUUAACAGAUGAGGAGACUCAAGUACCGAGAGGGUAAAUAACUUCUAACAGAGCUAGGAAGAGAAAUCCCACAACCAGUCAGGUGCUCUGGCCACCAGAUUUUCCCUCCCCAGCUACUUUACACUUGUAAAGAUGAUCUACACGGAGAGUAGAUCAGUAGGCUUUGAACUGCUCUCAGUAAUGUUAAGACUUGGGUCCAUAAGAAAGCUAUUUGCUAGCCUUAAUGUCUAACUGAAAGUCUUUAAAAAAGUGUUCUGGAUCUUCAUAAAAAAUCAUAAUCGUGACUCGACUUAAAAUCAACUUUCUUUCAAACAAAGGGGUCUAGUUCUUUCACCAGUGUAUGCAGAACUUAACAGUUGGACAUUGAUGGAAAAAUAGGCCUCUUCCCCAGCUGGUUCUGAAUUUUGAUGCUCCAGGUGGGCUCAUGCUGCUGGCCCUUCUCUGGAACAGGAAGUCCUCCCUCCAUUUUCUGCUGCCACUUCAAGUGUGGGACAGAGCCAUGGGGAACCCUAAUUUUGUGGUGUGCCAGGGCCCUAGAUUCCAUUAAUUUGGCCCUGCCACUAUGUUAACAAGUACACAACAAUUAAGAAUUGAUCUUGCACUCUCUCCCCAUACCAUAAUAAAAAUGAACAGGUUCUUUCUGAAGGGAAGGGAAUAACCAAUUCAAAUCUGAACUACGAGGGGUGGGGGGAGAAGGAAGCCCUCUCCCCCACAGUUGGUGCUGCCUAGCCUGCCUUUAUUUUUAUUAAAGUAAAAGCUUAACCAUAAGACCAACUGCGUUGUGUUAGGGUGCCAGAAACAGAUUAGUACUUACCAGUGCAGUAGGAGUCUGAUGAGGCUAUUCCAGCAACAGAAUUUUCCUCAGACAAUAACAGAUUUAAAAAUAUAUUUUCAACCACAAUGAUUUUUACACUUCUGGCACUCUACUUUUUGCUAAUGCCAGUGGUAAGGACCAGCAUAAGUACUAUAUGAAAAAACAUCAUUGGAAACAACUCAUGCAAAAGAUUAAUGCCUGUGAGGAAGGCUGAGGCAGGCGUAAUGAGAACAGGUACCAUCAAUUUCCAGUCAUAGAAUAUCAGGGUUGGUAGGGACCUCAGGAGGUCAUCUAGUCCAAGCCAUUUGCUUAAAGAAAGUGGAUGCUCCAGGUGAGGCUUGAACUCUCAACCUCAGCAUGACUCCAUGCAGCACUCUUCUAUAAGUACUGUGUGCUAACCCAUUGCACCACUGGAUCCCGUAGGCCUCAUGUGCAAAGGCCACCUACCUGCCAUGCCACAUUUCAUAGUUCUCUGAAGUGUACGAAUUUGAACUAGGAUGAAAAAACUACCAUAAAUAUUUCACUUGAAAUAUCUCCAGCAGAAAAAGCUAUUCUUUUACCUCCCAUUCCACUCUCUUUUUGUAAGCUAUUUUCCUUUAAACAUGAGCAUGCCUGCAAACAGCCUUAUUGACAAUAAUGGAAACUGAAAUGCCAUUUAUGUGAGUAGAUCUGAGCAUAUGCAGUAUAAAUGCAAAUUUGCAUUUGCAAAUUAUACCUGAAUGAUAAUGUGCAAUCACAAACUUCCGGUAAGGUGGCCAUUGGAUGAUGGGUUAUGUAACAAUAGACUAGGACUAGUCAAUUUAGCACUAGACAAACCACCAUUUCACUUAACUUGGGUCCAAAAGGGUUGUUGGGAAGGGAAGAAUGAUGCAAGAAUUUUCAGUCGCUAUCUAUUCAAUUCAUAUAACUGAUUUAAAGGUGAAAGUCUCCAUAACCUCUUAUGCAUUUCUUAAGUUUUGAGGCAUGCCUUAUUUUUUCCAACCUACACCAGUUUCUCAGACACUUGUUUUCCACUGGUAAGAAGUGUCAUUGAAAAAGAGAAAGUUUGUCACAGAUUAACAGAAAUGCUGAACUGUCCAAGUUAGUUAAAGCUUAAUGAUUUUCAAAGGUUACUGUUUCAGUGAAGAAUAAAAAAUGAACUAAAUCUAAAACUAUAUAUUCUUGACUGCAGCAUUAGGUAGAGGUGUUCUCUGAAAACUUAUCUCAGGAGUUGUGUAGCUCUCAGAUCUAAGCCAAGUUCUGCAAUGCAAAAUUACAACAGGAAUAGAUAAAGAUUGAAUACUGGAGGAAAUCAACAGGAGUCUUGCUUCAAAAUAAAAUAAUGUUCUCUCACGAUAGUUUGUUUUAAAUAGCAUCGUAUAAUGUGCACUUUCUCGUUCCUUGUGUGCAUUUUAAUUCUGCUAAAAUGUCUAGUGUGAGGUUUUAAUUAGUAGAAACAAUAGCCAAUUAAAAAUAAGUAUUUAAAGCAUGAUUUCCUAAUUCCAUAUUUAGGCACCUACAUUAAUGAUCUGAUUUUCAAAGCACAGGAUACCCAUCAAAUCCCAUGGAAAUCAUUACUUGUUACAAGAAAAACAACCCUGCACAUCUUCUAAGAGCCACAAAGCAGAGAGAUUACUGGGGCUGGGAUUCCUGCACAACUUGAUGUAAAUAGAGUUGCUUCAGUAAGUUUUCACACAUCAUCCAGAGUGCUAUGAUUGUAUUUAAAACAAGGAAUGAAAAAAUUCAAGAAAACAACCAUUUGAAAGCUAGAUAAUAUUUCUUUUACAUAUAACCUUCUAAUUGCAAGGCAGUCUGGAAAUACUUAGUUAAGGCUUAACACCAAUCUUAGUUUUGUCCUUUUGUGAUCACCAUCUCGGACCUCACUUUCAUCUAAAAGCCACAGACAUCCUUCAUUCCAAAGAAAAUGACCUGUGACUCCUUCUCUAGCUGAAGAUCAGACCCUCUAUUGUCCACAUGGCUCAGCCAGAGAUCAUAACUUCUCAUAUAUUAUCUUCCACAUAUUUACCACUCAAGUACAUGCAAAGUAAAUGCAUACUGAAGGGAAAAUUUAUACUACUCAAGACACUUUACAGGGUUCUAAAUUAACUGUAUCAAUUCAAGAAAGUGACCUGAUGUCUUUGUGGACAGUUCAAUGAACACACUGGGAAGCUGCAAUCAGAAAAGCAAACAAGAUGUUAGAAUACAUAAGGAAUGGGAUGGGAUGCAGAACACACUAUAUGAUUAUCUAAAGCAAUUGUGUGGCCUCCCCCAGAGUACUGGCAGCAAUAUUGGUCAUCCCAUUUCAAGAAAGAUAUUGCAGAAUUAGAUGGAGUUUAGAGAAGGGUUAUGAAAAUGAUUAGGGGCAUGGGAAACUCUCCUAUGAAGAGUAGAAGACUUGGAUCGGUUAUCUUAGAAAGCCGAUAAAUUAGAGGGAUAUGAUACAAGUGUAUAAAAUGAUACAGAGAAGGCAGAUUGGGAGCUUCUGGUUCCUUGUGUUUGAUAAGAACAAGGGGGUAUUCAUUUAAAUUAAAAGAUGGUAAAUACAAAACCAAUAAAAGGAAAUUUUUUUUGCAAAAUGCAUAAUUAAACUAUGAAACUUGUCACAGGAUAUUGUUGAGGUCACAAACAGGAUUCAAAAUGGGAUUGAACAUUUUUAUGGACAAGAAUAUCCAGAGUGAUAAUAUGUUCAUGCUAACAAAUUUUGGAAGAACUGUUAAACCUCACGCUUCAGGGUUUAAAUAAAUCUCUAACUAUUAGUGAUUAAGGAGACACCUAAUCUGGGGAGCAGAUUAUCCCACAUCUGCCUAAUGUAAGAUUUUUAUUGUAUCUUCUUCCAAAGAGCUGGCCACUGUUGGGGACAGGAUGCUGGAUUAGAUGGACCAGGAAUCUGAUCCAGUUCCAGUAUUAUUAAGGCUUUGCACUAGCGCUUCACCACACUAUAUAACUGAUACCCAGCUCUCUCUCAGUCACUUUUCUAAUAUUACUUAGACUCCACAUUCCAGCUAGAGGCAAAUCAAUUUUUUCCACAUCCACUCCAAAUGUAUAUAUAACAGGGUCUUCUCCCCCACACCUAAUAAUAAAUAAUGCUUAACAUCCGCAACUAUAUUUGAUGGACCUGAAAGUCUUGUUAUACCUCAUAUAGGCUGGAUGCCAGUUAUGAUUUUACAACAAAACUGCUGUUUGAAAUUUAAAUGGUAGGUGUGUCAGUUAUGAAUUGGCAUGUGGCCAGCAUAAGAAAACUCAUCAGAUGCAAGUUUCCAAACAUUUCCUAUGGGUAAGAAGAUAAAGAAGUGUGGGUGGAUAAGAAUCAGUUCAGGUGAGGACAAUCAUUUGCAUUAAAAGAAAGGAAAAUCUCAGGUUUGUCUAAUGGAUGGACUGUUAAAUAAAUUAGGCUCAGUUGCUCUUUUCAGGGAGCAAAUAAAAAUCAAGAUAGGAAACUUAUCUAGCUGUAAAAACUGAGUUUUGGAGUAAGAGAACCCUGAUUUAAGAGUUCAGCUGGGGACAAUGUAUGACUACUGAGCUUUGGUUUGGGACAUGCACCCACACGCUCACACACAAGGUUGAUUCUUAAAGUAACUUAUUUUAAGCUUACGUCAAGAUAUUUCCUCUAAUUUUGUAUAUAACCCAUUGAUUAAACUGUAUCUUUUUUUCUGCUUCCCCCUACUUUGUGAGGAAUACUUUAUCUAAAACAGAAAUAAGAUACUACUGAGGGGAAAGAGUUAAACAUGCUAAAGAACAUGCAAACCUCCUGUUAUCUUAAGCAUCUUGUUUCCUCCUUUUUUUCCCCUUUCCUUUGUUGUUAUUAGUCAAGAGACAUGCCUGCCCUUUUAUUCUGUAAUUUUAGGGUGUGAAAGCAUGGUGUAUAUGAAAACCUAUAGUGUCUACACAGGGAAAGGGCUAGAAAGUAAGUUCCCCGGAUGUCAACAGCCCUAAACAUAGUCUCUUAAGUAUACUCAUUAACGUGUACCAUAAGUAUUUAAAAGCCCUAAGGAACUUUAAGUUGUCAGCUGUAAACUGAUAAACAAAAGAUGUAGAACUGCUGCUUAUCAGGGUGUUCUUUUAAAGCCCAUUUUAUAAUAUCUGUUGGAGGAAGGUGAGGAAAGGGUUAGCCACCACACAAGAACUGACUGAAAUCUAUGGAAGAUUGGAAAGUGGCUCUGAGGUUGUGUUUCAGACUUUAGAUAAUAAUUGUUUCAGUAGCAAAAUCUUUAACCAGCUCCAAGUUAUAGAUUCAAUUUGGAUAAAAUUCUUUAAAUUAGGGUUUAUAAGUAAGGCAUGGGUAUUUUUGGCAUGGGUAUUUUUAUUAAAAGUCACGGACAGGACGCAGGCAAUGAACAAUAAAUCAUGAAUUUAUUGAGAAGCCCGAGCCUUCCGCCGACUGGGGCUGAAGCCCAAGCUCCGCUGCCACCCAGGGAUGAAUUAUUGGAAUUUUCAAGAAGUCACAGAGGUCUUGUAAAAUCACAGAAUCCGUGACAGAUUCAUAGCCUUAUUUAUAAGCUAUCGCCAGAGAUCCCUUCUUAGAAUGCAUAAGGAUAAUUUGUUGUAUUAAUCUGAUGAUUUAAUUUGAAGAUUUAAUUCCAAUCCAGUACUGAGACUAAUUUGUUGAUUUAUUGAUCUGAUAGAUGUAUUGCUUUCCUCUUAGUGUAGUUUAAUAUUAACAAUACUUUGGCUUUGGUUGUAUGCUUUCUUGAUUUUGUUUAAUAAUUUAAAAAAAAAAAACAUUUAUAAAACUGAUAUUGAGGCAUAUUUUUUUCAAUAAGCAACAUAGA